AUGAGCAGAAUCGCGGCGCAACGGCUCGUUCCGACGGAAUCUUCCGCCGCGGUGCGCGCGCAGCUGGUGGUUGCGCUGACCGGGCUAGUCUGGGGGAAGCGGGACAUGCUAAUCGCGCGCGCGGGGUUACUCACUCCGGACGCGUUCCGCUCGUCGAUCUAUCCGCUUGCCUACGCCGCGCGGGCGUUUGCGACGGGGCUGGUAGAUGAUCUGAGAAUGAUGUUGAAUCCUAAGGAAGAAGGCGCGAGGAGGAGACGAAGCAGCGCCGUUUCCGUGGGUGCUACCGGUGAUGGUGGCGCCGGUUUAGGUGGAUUCGGGGAUGAUUUGCUAGGCCUGGGGGAUUUCGGCGGUGUUGGCGGAGGGAGAGGAGGAGAGGGCGAGAGUAGUGGGUUGGGCGGGAUUGGCGGGCUUGCUCUGGGAGAUUCUGCUGCCGAUAGUGGCUCUGGCAAAGAAAAAGGGGACGGGAAGGACGCAAAGAGAAAGGGCAAGGACAAGAAAGCAUCGUCAGCAGCAGGAGGAGGAGGAGGAUCAGGGAGAGACAGCAGGAGUGGAAAGGGCAAGGAAGAGGCCAGCAGCAGCAGCAGCAGCAGCAAGGUGGGUUCACGUCGCUCUUCCUCCUCCUCCACUGCACUCGCUACGACAGUAUCCUCAGAAACAGCCGCAGCAGCCGCAGAGGAGCGGAAAGACUUAGUGAACACAGAGCGCAUGCUUGGUGUCGCAGAUAUAGUCACGCACCUCUCGCCGUACCUCGCCUCUCUAGACCCAUCCAUAGUCUUCGAAGUGGGCUUGCAGAUUCUCGCUCUCGCGGCUGUGCCUGGGGGAAAACCGGAGUGGGCGACCGGGCCUGUGACUGCGUUCCUCUCGCUUUGGGAUCGACAGGAGUACUCAGCGGGACGAGAGGCGAUAGUCAAAGCCGUGGUGUCGAACCUCCCUCUCCUGGACAUACACACCCAGGCGGCGCUCUUCAAACGGCUGUUGCUGAUGGUCCGAGGGUUAAGAGCGGAAGCGGAUCGUAUGGUUGCCCUAGCGAGCAUCUGCCGCGCGGCUCUUUGCGUGGAUUUGUUCUCAAAGGAAUCGGCGCGCAGGGGGCAGAGACCAGUCACAGGCACGGACGUUUCUUCCCUCUUUGACGACCCGCAGAUUAAAGACGAGCUGGCGCUGCCAGUAGUGCCGAACGUCGAUAGUGGGCUGUUUAGAGAGGAGCUUUUGGCGUGUUUGGUAGAGAGUGCGUUUCAGCUGGCUAGUGGGAGUGGAGGCGGGGGAGUAGGCGGAGGGGCAGGCGGAGCAGGAGCAGGGGGGGGAGGUGGGGGGCCGGGCGGCAUGGGGAGCGGGUUAGCAGGAGGGUUUGGCAGGGGAGGUAUGUCUGGGGAAGGCUACGGAGCGGACUCAGGAGUGGGGUUUUCCUUUGCUGCUGCCGCGGCAGGCAGAGGGGGGUCCCUAGCAGCAGUGGUAUCCGGGGAGGCAUCGUCUGGAGGGUGGGAGGCGUGGGGGCAGACAGCGUUAGAAGUGGUGGAGGUGUGUAGGGCGUGCGUGCGGUGGCAGUGCGGCGGGCGGACGUAUGCUGUGGACUGCUAUUUGCGGCUGCUGGUGCGGCUGUGCCAGGUGUAUAACACUGCGAGCGGGGUGAAGAGUGCUAAAGAUGGGGCCACUCCGGAGCAGAUUCGCGCGGAGCAGCGGCUGUACACACUGCAGAGACAGCUACUGGAAGACGCAAAAGAGCUCUCCUCCUCCACGCUGCGAGUGCGGCUCCUGUGGGUGCUAGCGGAGCACAUGUCCUUCUCAGGCCCAGAGCCUCUCUUCCCAGACGACCCUAAAGACCCAGUCACCAUCCUCACCUCCCUCUUCCACCGCAUCCUCUUCUCCCCCGACGAUGCCACCGGAACCAUGCUCGCGGACGUGGUUGCUGGGGACGGGGGAGGCGGAGGAGGGGGAGGAGGGGGUGCGGCAGCGGUGGCGAUGAGUGGGAACCGGUUGCAGGAGGUGCAGGCGAUUCUGGUGUGCGCGCUGCAUCUGGGGGCGAGGAGCUUCAGGGCGGCGGCGUUGGUGUGUCGGGAGGUGGAGGAGUUGCAGUCGGCGCCCGGGCUGGUGGAUAGUGCCACCCGCCACCGCUGCCGCAGUAUCCUGCAGUCGCUGGCCUAUGUGCACCACUUCCCCGACCGCACGUGGGCAGUGCGCAUGGGAGCAACGGGCGAGUACCCCUUCUCCCACCACCGCCUCUCAGUUCUCUACAACAGCGCAGCAGCAGCGCAGGACCGGAAGCUCGAGUCCCUCGUCAAAUCCGCCGUCUCAGACCUCUCAGCCCCAUCCGCCUCUCCCGAUGAGCUGCUACAGCGGCAGCUGCAGCAGCAGCAGGAGGACCAAGGGCUCGACCCAGCUUUAAUCCCCGGAGGAGGCAUGGCGGGGAUUGCGGGUGCUUCGUCGGGGAUCGCGGCGGGGCGGCAGGUUUCGGCUCCGGUCGCGAUUAGUAUUACAGGGAGCAGUGACUUGGCGUAUGUUGAGGCGUUUCACCUGUCAGCCAUGAAUGAGAGGCGGGUUACUCUCAGUGUAAAGGUGCUGAAUAUGACAGAGGUGGUGCUACCGCGGGUGGACGUGCAUGUGGGGCUGCUGGGUGCUCUGAGAUUCAUGGACGGGGUGCCACGGGCCACUCGCCGGCUCAACCGCUUGCAACCCCAGCCUCAGUCACCCUCUUUCAGCUCGACUCCCCUGCUGCUUCACAUGCUCUUCCUUCCUAUCUUUGCUCAUGCUCGCUUUCCCACUGCUUUCCCACUGCUUUCCCACUGCUUUCCCACUGCUUUCCCACUGCUUUCCCACUGCUUUCCCACUGCUUUCCCACUGCUUUCCCACUGCUUUCCCACUGCUUUCCCACUGCUUUCCCACUGCUUUCCCACUGCUUUCCCACUGCUUUCCCACUGCUUUCCCACUGCUUUCCCACUGCUUUCCCACUGCUUUCCCACUGCUUUCCCACUGCUUUCCCACUGCUUUCCCACUGCUUUCCCACUGCUUUCCCACUGCUUUCCCACUGCUUUCCCACUGCUUUCCCACUGCUUUCCCACUGCUUUCCCACUGCUUUCCCACUGCUUUCCCACUGCUUUCCCACUGCUUUCCCACUGCUUUCCCACUGCUUUCCCACUGCUUUCCCACUGCUUUCCCACUGCUUUCCCACUGCUUUCCCACUGCUUUCCCACUGCUUUCCCACUGCUUUCCCACUGCUUUCCCACUGCUUUCCCACUGCUUUCCCACUGCUUUCCCACUGCUUUCCCACUGCUUUCCCACUGCUUUCCCACUGCUUUCCCACUGCUUUCCCACUGCUUUCCCACUGCUUUCCCACUGCUUUCCCACUGCUUUCCCACUGCUUUCCCACUGCUUUCCCACUGCUUUCCCACUGCUUUCCCACUGCUUUCCCACUGCUUUCCCACUGCUUUCCCACUGCUUUCCCACUGCUUUCCCACUGCUUUCCCACUGCUUUCCCACUGCUUUCCCACUGCUUUCCCACUGCUUUCCCACUGCUUUCCCACUGCUUUCCCACUGCUUUCCCACUGCUUUCCCACUGCUUUCCCACUGCUUUCCCACUGCUUUCCCACUGCUUUCCCACUGCUUUCCCACUGCUUUCCCACUGCUUUCCCACUGCUUUCCCACUGCUUUCCCACUGCUUUCCCACUGCUUUCCCACUGCUUUCCCACUGCUUUCCCCACUGCUUUCCCACUGCUUUCCCACUGCUUUCCCACUGCUUUCCCACUGCUUUCCCACUGCUUUCCCACUGCUUUCCCACUGCUUUCCCACUGCUUUCCCACUGCUUUCCCACUGCUUUCCCACUGCUUUCCCACUGCUUUCCCACUGCUUUCCCACUGCUUUCCCACUGCUUUCCCACUGCUUUCCCACUGCUUUCCCACUGCUUUCCCACUGCUUUCCCACUGCUUUCCCACUGCUUUCCCACUGCUUUCCCACUGCUUUCCCACUGCUUUCCACUGCUUUCCCACUGCUUUCCCACUGCUUUCCCACUGCUUUCCCACUGCUUUCCCACUGCUUUCCCACUGCUUUCCCACUGCUUUCCCACUGCUUUCCCACUGCUUUCCCACUGCUUUCCCACUGCUUUCCCACUGCUUUCCCACUGCUUUCCACUGCUUUCCCACUGCUUUCCCACUGCUUUCCCACUGCUUUCCCACUGCUUUCCCACUGCUUUCCCACUGCUUUCCCACUGCUUUCCCACUGCUUUCCCACUGCUUUCCCACUGCUUUCCCACUGCUUUCCCACUGCUUUCCCACUGCUUUCCCACUGCUUUCCCACUGCUUUCCCACUGCUUUCCCACUGCUUUCCCACUGCUUUCCCACUGCUUUCCCACUGCUUUCCCACUGCUUUCCCACUGCUUUCCCACUGCUUUCCCACUGCUUUCCCACUGCUUUCCCACUGCUUUCCCACUGCUUUCCCACUGCUUUCCCACUGCUUUCCCACUGCUUUCCCACUGCUUUCCCACUGCUUUCCCACUGCUUUCCCACUGCUUUCCCACUGCUUUCCCACUGCUUUCCCACUGCUUUCCCACUGCUUUCCCACUGCUUUCCCACUGCUUUCCCACUGCUUUCCCACUGCUUUCCACUGCUUUCCCACUGCUUUCCCACUGCUUUCCCAAUGCUUUCCCACUGCUUUCCCCACUGCUUUCCCACUGCUUUCCCACUGCUUUCCCACUGCUUUCCCACUGCUUUCCCACUGCUUUCCCACUGCUUUCCCACUGCUUUCCCUCACUGCUUUCCCACUGCUUUUCCCACUGCUUUCCCACUGCUUUCCCACUGCUUUCCACUGCUUUCCCACUGCUUUCCACUGCGUUCCCCACUGCUUUCCUCCCACUGCUUUCCCACUGCUUUCCCACUGCUUUCCCACUGCUUUCCCACAUGCUUUCCCACUGCUUUCCCACUGCUUUCCCACUGCUUUCCCACUGCUUUCCACUGCUUUCCCACUGCUUUCCCCACUGCUUUCCCACGGCUUCCACUGCUUUCCCACUGCUUUCCCACUGCUUCCCACUGCUUUCCCACUGCUUUCCCACUGCUUUCCCACUGCUUUCCCACUGCUUUCCCACUGCUUUCCCCACUGCUUUCCCACUGCUUUCCCACUGCUUUCCCACUGCUUUCCCACUGCUUUCCCACUGCUUUCCCACUGCUUUCCCACUGCUUUCCCACUGCUUUCCCACUGCUUUCCCACUGCUUUCCCACUGCUUUCCCACUGCUUUCCCACUGCUUUCCCACUGCUUUCCCACUGCUUUCCCACUGCUUUCCCACUGCUUUCCCACUGCUUUCCCACUGCUUUCCCACUGCUUUCCCACUGCUUUCCCACUGCUUUCCCACUGCUUUCCCACUGCUUUCCCACUGCUUUCCCACUGCUUUCCCACUGCUUUCCCACUGCUUUCCCACUGCUUUCCCACUGCUUUCCCACUGCUUUCCCACUGCUUUCCCACUGCUUUCCCACUGCUUUCCCACUGCUUUCCCACUGCUUUCCCACUGCUUUCCCACUGCUUUCCCACUGCUUUCCCACUGCUUUCCCACUGCUUUCCCACUGCUUUCCCACUGCUUUCCCACUGCUUUCCCACUGCUUUCCCACUGCUUUCCCGCUGCUUUCCCGCUGCUUUCCCGCUGCUUUCCCGCUGCUUUCCCGCUGCUUUCCCGCUGCUUUCCCACUGCUUUCCCACUGCUUUCCCACUGCUUUCCCACUGCUUUCCCACUGCUUUCCCACUGCUUUCCCACUGCUUUCCCACUGCUUUCCCACUGCUUUCCCACUGCUUUCCCACUGCUUUCCCACUGCUUUCCCACUGCUUUCCCACUGCUUUCCCACUGCUUUCCCACUGCUUUCCCACUGCUUUCCCACUGCUUUCCCACUGCUUUCCCACUGCUUUCCCACUGCUUUCCCACUGCUUUCCCACUGCUUUCCCACUGCUUUCCCACUGCUUUCCCACUGCUUUCCCACUGCUUUCCCACUGCUUUCCCACUGCUUUCCCACUGCUUUCCCACUGCUUUCCCACUGCUUUCCCACUGCUUUCCCACUGCUUUCCCACUGCUUUCCCACUGCUUUCCCACUGCUUUCCCACUGCUUUCCCACUGCUUUCCCACUGCUUUCCCACUGCUUUCCCACUGCUUUCCCACUGCUUUCCCACUGCUUUCCCACUGCUUUCCCACUGCUUUCCCACUGCUUUCCCACUGCUUUCCCACUGCUUUCCCACUGCUUUCCCACUGCUUUCCCACUGCUUUCCCACUGCUUUCCCACUGCUUUCCCACUGCUUUCCCACUGCUUUCCCACUGCUUUCCCACUGCUUUCCCACUGCUUUCCCACUGCUUUCCCACUGCUUUCCCACUGCUUUCCACUGCUUUCCCACUGCUUUCCCACUGCUUUCCCACUGCUUUCCCACUGCUUUCCCACUGCUUUCCACUGCUUUCCCACUGCUUUCCCACUGCUUUCCCACUGCUUUCCCACUGCUUUCCCACUGCUUUCCCACUGCUUUCCCACUGCUUUCCCACUGCUUUCCCACUGCUUUCCCACUGCUUUCCCACUGCUUUCCCACUGCUUUCCCACUGCUUUCCCACUGCUUUCCCACUGCUUUCCCACUGCUUUCCCACUGCUUUCCCACUGCUUUCCCACUGCUUUCCCACUGCUUUCCCACUGCUUUCCCACGCUUUCCCACUGCUUCCUCAACUGCUUUCCCACUGCUUUCCCACUGCUUUCCACUGCUUUCCCCCACUGCUUUCCCACUGCUUUCCCACUGCUUUCCACUGCUUUCCCACUGCUUUCCCACUGCUUUCCCACUGCUUUCCCACUGCUUUUCCCACUGCUUUCCCCUGCUUUCCCACUGCUUUCCCACUGCUUUCCGUCACUGCUUCCACUGCUUUCCCACUGCUUUCCCACUGCUUUCCACUGCUGCUUCCACUGCUUUCCCACUGCUUUCCCACUGCUUUCCCACUGCUUUCCCCACUGCUUUCCCACUGCUGUCCCACUGCUUUCCCACUGCUUUCCCACUGCUUUCCCACUGCUUUCCAACUGUCUUUUCCCACUGCUGUUCCCACUGCUUUCCACUGCUUUCCCCACUGCUUUCCCACUGCUUUCCCACUGCUUUCCCACUGCUUUCCCACUGCUUUUCCCACUGCUUUCCCACUGCUUUCCCACUGCUUUCCCACUGCUUUCCCACUGCGUUCCCACUGCUUUCCCACUGCUUUCCCACUGCUUUCCCCACUGCUUUCCCACUGCUUUCCCACUGCUUUCCCAACUGCUUUCCCACUGCUUUCCCACUGCUUUCCCACUGCUUUCCCACUGCUUUCCCACUGCUUUCCCACUGCUUUCCCACUGCUUUCCCACUGCUUUCCCACUGCUUUCCCACUGCUUUCCCACUGCUUUCCCACUGCUUUCCCCACUGCUUUCCCACUGCUUUCCCACUGCUUUCCCACUGCUUUCCCCACUGCUUUCCCACUGCUUUCCCACUGCUUUCCCACUGCUUUCCCACUGCUUUCCCACUGCUUUCCCACUGCUUUCCCACUGCUUUCCCCACUGCUUUCCCACUGCUUUCCCACUGCUUUCCCACUGCUUUCCCACUGCUUUCCCACUGCUUUCCCACUGCUUUUCCCACUGCUUUCCCACUGCUUUCUCCCACUGCUUUCCCACUGCUUUCCCACUGCUUUCCCACUGCUUUCCCACUGCUUUCCCCACUGCUUUCCCACUGCUUUCCCACUGCUUUCCCACUGCUUUCCCACUGCUUUCCCACUGCUUUCCCACUGCUUUUGCUUUCCCACUGCUUUCCCACUGCUUUCCCACUGCUUUCCCACUGCUUUCCCACUGCUUUCCCACUGCUUUCCCACUGCUUUCCCACUGCUUUCCCACUGCUUUCCCACUGCUUUCCCACUGCUUUCCCACUGCUUUCCCACUGCUUUCCCACUGCUUUCCCACUGCUUUCCCACUGCUUUCCCACUGCUUUCCCACUGCUUUCCCACUGCUUUCCCACUGCUUUCCCACUGCUUUCCCACUGCUUUCCCACUGCUUUCCCACUGCUUUCCCACUGCUUUCCCACUGCUUUCCCACUGCUUUCCCACUGCUUUCCCACUGCUUUCCCACUGCUUUCCCACUGCUUUCCCACUGCUUUCCCACUGCUUUCCCACUGCUUUCCCACUGCUUUCCCACUGCUUUCCCACUGCUUUCCCACUGCUUUCCCACUGCUUUCCCACUGCUUUCCCACUGCUUUCCCACUGCUCUCCCACUGCUCUCCCACUGCUCUCCCACUGCUCUCCCACUGCUCUCCCACUGCUCUCCCACUGCUCUCCCACUGCUCUCCCACUGCUCUCCCACUGCUCUCCCACUGCUCUCCCACUGCUCUCCCACUGCUCUCCCACUGCUCUCCCACUGCUCUCCCACUGCUCUCCCACUGCUCUCCCACUGCUCUCCCACUGUCUCUCCCACUGCUCUCCCACUGCUCUCCCACUGCUCUCCCACUGCUCUCCCACUGCUCUCCCACUGCUCUCCCACUGCUCUCCCACUGCUCUCCCACUGCUCUCCCACUGCUCUCCCACUGCUCUCUCCCACUGCUCUCCCACUGCUCUCCCACUGCUCUCCCACUGCUCUCCCACUGCUCUCUCCACUGCUCUCCCACUGCUCUCCCACUGCUCUCCCACUGCUCUCCCACUGCUCUCCCACUGCUCUCCCACUGCUCUCCCACUGCUCUCCCACUGCUCUCCCACUGCUCUCCCACUGCUCUCCCACUGCUCUCCCACUGCUCUCCCACUGCUCUCCCACUGCUCUCCCACUGCUCUCCCACUGCUCUCCCACUGCUCUCCCACUGCUCUCCCACUGCUCUCCCCACUGCUCUCUCCCACUGCUCUCCCCACUGCUCUCCCACUGCUCUCCCACUGCUCUCCCACUGCUCUCCCACUGCUCUCCCACUGCUCUCACACUGCUCUCCCACUGCUCUCCCACGGCUCUCCCACUGCUCUCCCACUGCUCUCCCACUGCUCUCCCACUGCUCUCCCACUGCUCUCCCACUGCUCUCCCACUGCUCUCCCAUGCUCUCCCACUGCUCUCCCACUGCUCUCCCACUGCUCUCCCACUGCUCUCCCACUGCUCUCCCACUGCUCUCCCACUGCUCUCCCACUGCUCUCCCACUGCUCUCCCACUGCUCUCCCACUGCUCUCCCACUGCUCUCCCCACUGCUCUCCCACUGCUCUCCCACUGCUCUCCCACUGCUCUCCACUGCUCUCCCACUGCUCUCCCACUGCUCUCCCACUGCUCUCCCACUGCUCUCCCACUGCUCUCCCACUGCUCUCCCACUGCUCUCCCACUGCUCUCCCACUGCUCUCCCACUGCUCUCCCACUGCUCUCCCACUGCUCUCCCACUGCUCUCCCACUGCUCUCCCACUGCUCUCCCACUGCUCUCCCACUGCUCUCCCACUGCUCUCCCACUGCUCUCCCACUGCUCUCCCACUGCUCUCCCACUGCUCUCCCACUGCUCUCCCACUGCUCUCCCACUGCUCUCCCACUGCUCUCCCACUGCUCUCCCACUGCUCUCCCACUGCUCUCCCACUGCUCUCCCACUGCUCUCCCACUGCUCUCCCACUGCUCUCCCACUGCUCUCCCACUGCUCUCCCACUGCUCUCCCACUGCUCUCCCACUGCUCUCCCACUGCUCUCCCACUGCUCUCCCACUGCUCUCCCACUGCUCUCCCACUGCUCUCCCACUGCUCUCCCACUGCUCUCCCCACUCCUCUUCCCUCCCUCACAGGAGCCCAUUUACUCCGACGUGACAGUCUCAGUGACUCGCUUCCAGCGCAACGCUCUACAGCUCCACAUGCUCUUCUAUCACGGGACUCUCCCUGGCCCCCGCUCGGCCAACAACCGCCGCUCCUCGCAUAAUAGCCCCGGGGGAGGAGGAGCGGGAGCGGGAGGAGUGUUAGCGGAUAUAGCUAGGUUGAGUUUGGAGGAUGAGGAGGGCGGAGGGGGAGGGGGAGGGGGGAUUGGGGGGUUGGGGAGGAAGAGGAGGACGAGUGGGAGUGAGGGGGAGGGGGGUGCGGCGAGUGGGCCCGUGCGGCCGCCUGUGAGGCUGCGGUGUGUGCCGUACCGUGUGCCGCUGACUGACCUGCUCGUGCCAUACAGGUGCUCCCCAGUGGAGUUCUUUCGAGUGUUACCCAGUCUCCCAGCAGUGGGCGAGCACACAGGAGCCUACCUCUACGACUCAACGCACUCCUCGCUCGUCCUCUCCUCCGACGACGUGGGCAUCCGCAGGCUGCUCGCAGGGCUGCGCGCCAUUGACUCACGCCCUGUGUUCAAAGUCGCCUCGCAUCUCAUCCGCAGUCGUGCGGGCUUCCAGGUGUUCUAUGCGGCCAAGACGUGGUUCGGAGACACGCUGGCCAUAAUAGUGUUUGGCACGAGUGACAUAGCGAGCGACGGCGGCUUUGCAGCCGACUCCACCACCAUGUUCUGCCGCUUCGUGCUGCGCUCCUCCUCCCCCCACGUCGUCAACGAGAUCCUCGCCGCCCCGCAGGAGUGGCUCGAUGACCUCACAGGCGGGGCCAUACGGGCAGUGAGUGAGGAGGAGCUAGCAGCGUUCACAGUCACAAAGAAGAAGCGCCACGACGAGUCCCUCGAACUCCUCAGCUCAGCCGUGCGCCCCGCCUCCAAGAGCAUUCCCCUGCCCGGCAUGUUUGAACCCGCGCCUGCGGAGGGAGAGGAGGCACCGGAUAUCCCGGUGAUUCCCGAGGAGGAGCAUGCACUGCAGCUGGCGGUGCUGCAGGAGUGGAAUGCGCUGAGGGAGCAGCAGAAGCUGGUGAUUUCGUAG